AUGCACAUGAUGGCACCUCAAUUUGCUCCUGUUAAUUCACUGCAGUCGGAUGCUCCUGCAAGUUCCACUAGUGAAGAUUUGUCAAGCGCUGCGCAGAAGAAGAAAACCAGUCGGUGGACUGAAACUGAAGAAAAAAUCCUCAUCGAGUUGUUCGGUGAAAACGAAGAGAAGCUUCGCUAUAAAGCAUAUACUUCGCCAGAAUGGGAAUCUAUUGCAAAGCAACUGCACGAGAGAUGUAGGAGAGAACAUGUUUCAAGCGAGAAGACAGCGCAGCAAUGCAAAAAUAAAAUGAGCAAUCACACAAAAAAAUACAAAACAACCAAAGACAAACUCCAGACCACUGGAUAUGGAAAAGGGAGAGAUGUUGAGGGUGACAACGAAGCAGAAGGCGACCUUGAGCUUGUGCCUAAACAUUAUCAGGACAUGGACGAAAUCCUCGGUAAUCGAGAAGCCAUCAAUCCUUGA